UCACAGUAGGAGGAUUCAGUCAUUCAGUUUCAGUCAGUUUCAGUCCAACUUCACCGAUAGUGUCCCAUAAGUCACGCGCGCGACUUCUCUUAACUACCCAUGGAAUUUAACUUCGUUUAAUUUAAUUUCAUUUCAUUACAAUUCAGUGCGUGAAUAUCCUGCGCCAAUAUUCUUCACUAAAAUACGGUAUUCACAGAUUUUGAGCGCGAGACUUGGGCGCGAGGGACGAACUGGAUUCUGAAAUGAAGACUGAACACGCGAGCGGCAAAGAGCCACCAGGUUCCUUGACUCUUGGAUUUUCGUUUCUAACUCAUUUGUUGCUAGUAUUACCAAUUUUAUACAUACUGGUUGUUGGUUUUCAUAGACCAGAAAAAUUAUUUUCUUGGCAUCCAAUUUGUAUGGCAUUAGGGACACUCAUCAUCCUGGAGGCAGUUUUCAGCAUAUCUGGUGAGGCCCUUCUUACCCACAGGCUAUCUCGACCAAAUAGAAUAACCAUCCACUGGAUAAUGCUGACCAUAGGAUUGCUGUUAAUUCUCUGCGGUUUCAUAAUUGCCAUCGUUAAUAAAAACCUUGAGAACAAAAAUCAUUUUGAAUCUUUCCAUUCAAUUUGGAGUCUCAUCACGAUUAUUUUAGCAGCCUCAGUAGCUCUUUUUGGAGUUGCUGCUAACAAUACAAGAUGGCUUUAUCCAAGAGUGAGACCAGUCCUGAUUAAAGUUCUUCACGCCUUGGGAGGGAUUAUGAUUACAAUUUUAUUUAUCACGGCCAUAAUCAGUGGAACAUAUCGAAACUGGCUGAAAAAUCAACAAGUCGGGGACCACGAGCUUGGAAGACAACUCGUUUUUGCAUCCCUCUUCAUCGGAGGAAUCCUGGUGCUUUUUAAACCAAUCCUGGGAGCUGUUUCUAGGACAGCGGUAUUAGUAAAAACCCCUCAACCAUCCACGUGACCUGACCUCUGAAAGAGCCAAAACAAUUUCACCCAAAGAAGCUAAAAUUAUAGGGCUCAGGAUUUUCCUUUUUUGACGUGUCGAGUCAUCACUAAUAGCUGUGUAUGCAAUAUGCACGGUUAAAAAAUAACAAUAUACCCGCAUUGGUAUUUAUUUAAAAAAAAAACCAUUCUCUUAAAUCAUUAUCAAAAUCCUUGAGUUAAAAGAAACUGUUUUGCUCUUUAGACUUUUUUCGUAGGACAAACUGUUUUUAAGGUAGAAUAUUAAACAUUUUUUUUAAACAAAAUUUACACGAUCUACAAAGUUAUGUCAAAAAUUUUUGCUAAAAAAUUGAAAUUUGUACAUUGUCUAAAUUUUACCUCAAAAUAGACAAUGUGCAAGUUUCAGUUUGUUUCGAGAGAUAGUUUUGGAGAUACUUUUCAAAUAAUAGUUUUAUUAUGCCAAAUUAAUAACGCUUGCAUUUGAAACGGGUUCAUACUACAAGAAAAAGAUCAAACAACAAAAAAGUUUUAUUUUCGUCAAAUAUGUGAAAAAUUCUUUUUUUUCACGAGGUAAUAAAAUUGUUUACACAAUAAUGGCCAAGAAUUGUGCAUACAAAGUUAUUAGUUGCGACUAUGCUAUCCGAUUAUUUUUAUUUCUUCAUUAUAAAAUCAUGAAUUAUCGAGUUGUUAAUGUUUUUAACAACAUUUUAGUAAUAAGAAUCGUUUUAUUCCUGAGCGCCUUAAGUACAUCAAAUCUCAGCUGCAUCGCCCUCAUUUGAAAUUGAGGCAUAUAUCUAUUUCCGUUCUUUGUUACGCGAAUUAGCACGUAUCAAGAACUAUCUGACGGAAACGAGGAAUAUUUUAGUGUUAUAGUACGUGGAAUUUCUGGGAGGCUGAAGGCAUAAUUGAGUCACAGGAAAUGAUACCAAUUUAGUAUAGAAGAAGCAUGUAAUUUUAAUUGUUAUAACUCAACAAUGGGGCUACGUGUUACAACUUCCUUUUUAAUAUCCUUUUCAAGAUAUGAUAAGGGAAUGUCUAAUAAUUAAAAAAAAAAUUAAUUUCUCGACCCUCCCCCCCUCAAUUGUAAGGAUUCUUAAGAUUUGUGGGACUCCUCGUCCUUCUUACGUAAAAUUACACUCAUCUUCCGCUAUAAGACUGGCUGCGGGAAUUGGACGCAUGAAGCAACAUGAUGCAACUAACACGAUGAGAGUGCGACCCUCGAGCUGUUUGUUACGCUUAAAUGAGCUCAUCCUCUCUUCCGGCCCCGCGCUUCCUCUCAUCAGGAAACUAAGGAGGUUAUCAGUUCUUGGAAUAUCGCAAGCCCGGGGGUCUCAUAUCAGGAGUACAGUGGAUAAAUUUUUUGCAAUAUUCCAAAAAUAAUCUCAAAUUUUCGAAGGAUUUUACCAGAUUUUAAGGCAAUUCAAGAAGUUUAAUCACAUUUCAAUAGGUUUUAUGAAAUUUUAAGAGAUUUCGAAAUAUUUCAAAACAAUACAAGAGGCUUUUAAGGGAUUUUGAAAAUGCCGAAGUAUUUUCACGAAUUUUGAAGAUUCCAAGGGAAUUAAGUAUGAUUUCAUAAGGUUCUAAAGGAUAUAGUAAGAUCAUUAUCGACUCUAAUGUGAAUUAACAAACCUUAUUGACAGAUCCUUUAAAUUCGUAGAUGUAGUUACAAAGGAUGUUAAAAAAUCUUACAGGAUUUGAAGAAAUCUAAAGGAGUUUUAAA